AUGCACCUUAGCAGUGGAACUACGGGAAAAGAAAAAUCUUCACCUGCUUCGUCGGAAGUUACUCCGUCUCCUUCGCCAGAAAUUGCAAUUGGAAUUGAUAUCGGCACCUCUCAAUUAAGAGUAGCCAUUUGGAAGGACUCCCAGAUGGAGCUCCUCAGGGAUGAACGAGACCAUAAUAUAAAAUCGUACUUUAGCUUCAAUGAACAGGCUGGCCUUCGUGUUCUAAGAUUGAUGCAUGAACCAACUGCUGUUGCAUUGUUAUAUGCUCAGCAGCAGCAACAGAAUAUGCUCAAUAAUAUGAGCAGUGGAAGUCAUAAGGUUGCACCUGUCACGGUCACUGUAGGAGGAGUCUCCCAGGCAUGGAGUUUGGCUGGAAGUACCUUGGGAGGAGAAGACAUACUUGAAUAUCUUACCCGAUAUGGAUAG